AUGGCAGACGAAGACUACCAUCCUCCUCCAGUCCCACCGCUGUCUCAUCCCAUCCAACAACCAGCGGAAUAUCCUCCACCUCCGCCUAUGCCACCACGGCCAAACAACAUGUCUCACACGGGCGCCGCUGACUUUCACACGUCAACGCAAUACCCAUCAGUGCCACAAAUCAACGAACCUCCACCACCGCCACUGCCUCAGCGACAUGGGAACUACGACACCGAAGCACAGAUUUAUCAACAACCGCCGCCACCAUCGUAUAGUCCAGCCGACGACGCGGGGCAGCAUUCAUUCCAGGCAGCCCCCCCUCAGUUUCUGCCACCACCUCAACGCAUCAAACAGACAUUCUCUGCUGACGAUGACCCUUCCAACCCGAUCCACUACAUCCGGGAUCCGCACAAGCUAAUAGGCUACCUUGUGCCUUUCCCCAAGCCCAAGAUCAACAGCGUGACGCCAGAAUCUAUACCGUCGCGCUUCAUGAUCUACACGCCUCCGCCGCCUCCACUCCAGAAACCAACCGAAGGCACAAAGGAAGGCAAACUCCACAAGGUUCAACGAAAAUGGCAGGAAGAAGUUCGCUCCGCAAAGACCAGCACCGCCAAAACGGCGUCGUGGAAGGGCCUCAAGUCCAAAGCGACAAAGGGGAUCGACUGGGCCAUGAGCAAGACCACGUCGUCGAACCUGGACUUUCUGGGCCGCGUUUCUCCCGCCCAUUCAGAUGAUGAGCGCAGUGACGCCGAGGGAGCAGAGACCCACAAGACAAUCGGCGUCGAGGAGAUGAUCAUGAUCUACCCUCCGACCAUGGGGCUCAGUGAGACGGCGAUGCGCGAGGAAUUCGUCAACACGAUGCUGCGUACCAAGAGCAAGGCGCAGCGCGAUACCAUUAUCGCUACAGGUUUGAUGCCCGUGACAUAUGGAAUCGACAUCCUCGCCACCUUCAUCUGGCCGUUUGGCGGAUUGGGUGAGAUCGACACGGUGUGGGCAUAUUCAAGUUUCCGUGGGGCCAAGACAGCGAGGAGUGUGACGAAACGUCUUUCGAGUACAGCCUCGACCCCGUCAGACGGAAGCCACGGCAAGGAGAGCGAGGGUCAACAGCAGAGCGGAAAAGACCAUUUGCGGCUCACGUUCAGAGACAGUGGCAGGAUCGAGGUCCUGAAGCGAUACCUCGAAAGCGAGUGUCACAAGGUGGACAGCAAGCUGUUUCCCGAGUACAAGACGGGCCCUACGGAGAGUGAUGUGCUCGAGGCAAUUGGUUGGACACCGGCAGGGAGAGGCAGACAGAGGGCGGCAAGUCCUGGAGCAGAUGGGGAAAAGGAAGCGCCACAGAUUGAGAUGGAGGAUAGAAACUGGGAGGACGAACGGUGGGAAAUGGAGGAGGUCAAGGAUGAUUUGAGAAAUACCUUCCGCAAAGCAGCGAGGGAGUGGAGGAAAUGGUGUCUCCUGCUGGAAAAGAAUCCGGAAAAGGCGAUGAAGAAGUGA